AUGGCGACCACCAGAGUCCUCUUGGCCACAAACCGGUCGGUCUGCAGGUCUUGCACACGUAAAAUUCAGACCCAGGCUCGCCGGUCCUAUGCGAGUGUAGGCGCAACAUCUUCAGCAUCCGAGCCAGACAUCUAUGAUGUCGUUUGCGUGGGAGGUGGACCGGCAGGCUUGAGUCUUCUGAGCGCUCUUCGGGCUAACCCAGUCACAUCCCGUCUCAGAGUAGCACUCGUCGAAGCUCAAGAUCUCUCCAAGAUUCGCGCGUGGAACCUCCCGGCCGACAAGUUCUCGAAUCGAUGCAGCUCCCUCACCCCGACCUCAGCACAAUAUCUCAACACAAUUGGAGCCUGGAGCCACAUCAGGCGCGAUCGCGUUCAAGACUACAAUGAAAUGCAGGUUUGGGACGGUGUUAGUGGCGCGAGAAUCGAAUUCGACUGGCCGGCUGGUUCGGCGCCGGGCAAGACAAUCGCAUACAUGUGCGAGAACCUUAACUUGACCUCCGGUCUCUUGAGCCGUCUGGAGGAGCUUGGCGGAGUCUCGGUAUUCGACAACGCAAAGGUCGAGAACAUCAGCUUCGGAGAGGAAACGGAGGACCUGGACUUGACGCAGUGGCCUGUUGUGCACUUGUCAGGCGGAAAGCAGCUCCACGCAAGACUGCUGGUCGGAGCUGACGGCGCAAACAGCCCAGUGAGGACCUUUGCCGGUAUCAAGGCGCAGGGCUGGGACUACGGCAGACAUGGCGUUGUUGCGACGCUCCAGCUGGAGGGCGAGGGAUGGGGCGGGGAACACAACAAGAUCGCGUACCAGCGCUUCUUGCCUACUGGCCCUGUGGCAAUGUUGCCGAUGCCUGGGAACUACUCGACGCUGGUGUGGUCAACAACACCUGCCAACGCCGCACUUCUGAAAAGCCUGUCGCCUAAAGACUUCAUCUCCAUGGUCAACGCUGCCUUCCGACUAAGCCCCGUCGACCUGGAGUUUAUGCACAAGCAGGAAUCUGGUCAGUCUGAGGAGCUUGCCUGGAGACUCGAGCAUACUCCUUUCGAUCACCGGGCGAUUCCUCAGCAGGUCGUUGGAGUUCAGGAGGGCACCGUUGCCUCUUUCCCGCUCAAGAUGCGGCACGCAGACACUUAUACCGCCGAGCGUAUUGCCCUCGUUGGCGACGCGGCACACACCAUCCACCCCCUGGCUGGGCAAGGCCUGAACCAGGGUCAAGGGGACGUCCAAAGCUUGGUCAAGACCAUUGAGACAGCCGUUUCUACUGGCCAGGACUUGGGAACGACACUUUCCCUCGAGGCGUACAAUGCGGAGCGCUACGUUGCGAAUCAUAUUGUACUAGGCGUAUGCGACAAACUUCACAAGCUAUACUCUGUGGAGAGCGGGCCUCUUGUCCCAUUGCGAUCUCUUGGUCUUAGCGCGGUGAAUGCUCUCGGCCCCUUGAAGAAGUUCUUCAUGGACCAAGCCUCAACCACUGGCGCCAAGCUCUUCUAG